AUGCGCUCGCCCCCAGCGACGGUCUUCAUCGACAUGAGGUUCAAGCUGGACAAGAUGGUCCACAUAGUACAGGACGAGCUGCUUCCCGCGCUGCAGGCGCCCGUGGUGGUGUUCACAACGGGCCACGACAGGACGAUCCCGCUCCAGCUGGACGCCAGAUUUCCUCCCACGAGAAACCAUACUCUGGAGAUCUUCUCCGACCUCCUGGACCAGCGUCUGGUCGACCGCUGGGUGACGGAGAACCUCGACGACGCGGCCUUCCACAGGAAGCUUGUCGCGGUGCCCACUGGAUUCUACACGAAGAAGUGCGUUUUCCAAGGGCAGUCUGACGUGGAUUGCAGCCUGAUGUACUGGCCCGUGAUAAGGGCCGACUGGAUCGUGCCCCUGUCAAGGCGGCCGCUCACGGUGAGCUGCAACGGCAACUUGGAGCGGCAGUUCGGGGCCUCUUCUGGCGGGGCGCGGCAGUUCGGGGCCAGGACCGCCGCGCUCGAGAAUUGCCGACCGGGCAGCCCAUGGAGCGGCUUCUCCGAGCACCGUGGCCACAUGGACACCGAGGAGUUCCCCCUCUGGUGGCAAAAUCACUCCUUCGUCAUCUGCGCCCACGGCGGCGGCCUCGACCCCAGCCCGAGAGCCUUCAUGGCCAUUGCUGCUGGCGCCAUCCCGAUCGUGCAGAGGUCGGCUCUGGAUGCGGUCUACUCGCAGCUGCCGGUGGCGUUUGUGGACGACUGGGGGGCGGCCUCCAUCUCCCUGGACAAGCUGCGGCGAUGGCGGGCGCAGCUGGCACCCCACUACGAGGAGCCCGAGCUGGUGGCGAGGGUGGUGGCCAAGCUGACCAUGCAGCACUGGUGGAGGACAUCUCUGGAGGGCACUGCGGCCGCCGACCGCGGGGCCUGA